CAUAAAACAAACUCCCUUUACUCGACUCCUUCACGUCUCAAAUAUUCUGCCUCUUUCUCGACCUUCACUUCAGCUGCAUCUUCUCUCUACCCGUCGACACUUCUCCCAUCCCCAUCCCCGCCGCCGCCUCCAAUCUCCGAUCUCCUGUUGGAUGAAGCCAAGAAAACUCGAGGACCUAGAGUUGAGGAUGGAACUGCGCACAGAGAUCGGCCCCUUUUUGAGAUAUUGAAGGAGAACAAGGACAAGAAAGAUGCAGAGUUCAACGAACGGUUCAAGCAUAGACCUCCAAAAGCAUUAGAUGAAGAUGAGACCGAGUUCCUUGAUAGGCUAGAGCUGUCAAGGAGAGAAUAUGAGCAGCAAUUGGCAGAUGAUGAAGCCCAACAGCUGCGGAGUUUCCAAGAAGCAGUGGCUGCACAAGCUGCCACGCUACAGGAGCUACAGGAAACACCUCAUGUGGUUCCUAAACUUGAGGAAAAACAAUCAACUGGGGAGAAGAAAUCACAUGCAAAGAAAUCACAUUCAUUGGUAGUUAUAAAAGUGAAGCCUCAAACUAAGAAAGCAAGGAUAGGUGAGCAGGUUAACUUCAACUUUGAAGAACUGAAAAGACAUGAUGCUGCUACUAGUGAUACAGAGAGAUCUUCUUUAGGGCCGGAUAAGGGAUCUAUCCAGAAUGUGAAUGUGGCGGCUACUGGCGGGGGGCUUGGCCUUGUUUCAUAUAGCGACGAAAGUGACGUUGAUUAGCCGGUUUUUUUUUUGCUUAGACAUAGUGGUUGGAAAAUAUGUAUGCAUACGUGUACUCGUAUUUAAUCUAUACCUUUACAUCAUGGUUGUUAAUAUCUCAAUAUUGAUUUAAGAUCUUACGUUUUUAAGAUCCUACAAGCCGAAAACAA